UUUCCUUGUCGUCAUGACGACCUCACACCCCACCAUCUCCAGAUCUGUCUUCCUGUUGCCACGGUGACCUGAUCCUGUUCCAGCUCCGCUUCUCUUAAUGAUCCUGAUUGGGGCUCAGAUAGGAGAGCGACCCUGGAGCGCGCCGUCUUCUCCGCCCUGAAAACAGCUUGUGGAUGGGACAGCGAGUCACAUACUGGGACGAGGAUCUAAGGACAGGAAGGUGCGACGCACCGGGAAUGCUGUGGAAGUAACGCCGGAGUGUUGCCUGGAAACAGCAGCAUGCCAGUACAGCAGAUAACUGUGGUGCCGGCCAGGGAGACGGCCAACAACGGCAAGAGUGCUUCUCGCUCCAAAGACAAAAACGAGGGAAGGAAAGCCCCCGGGCGCUCAGGGAGUCGAUCCAGCAACAUCUCCAAGGCCAGCAACUCUACAACAGGACUCGGCGCAACCCCAAAGACAUCAAUCAGCCCGUCUUCUCAGGACAUAUGCAGGAUCUGCCACUGUGAGGGGGACGACGAGUACCCGUUGAUAAUGCCUUGUCGCUGCACAGGGAGCCUGAGUUUCGUCCACCAGGCUUGUCUCAACCAGUGGAUCAAGUCCUCUGACACUCGCUGCUGUGAACUCUGCAAGUUUGACUUCAUUAUGGAGACAUCGCUCAAACCAUUACGCAAGUGGGAGAAACUACAAAUGUCGAAGGGCGAGAGGAGAAAGAUCUUCUGUUCAGUGUUGUUUCACCUGAUAGCAAUAACGUGCAUGUUGUGGUCAGUCUACAUACUGGUCAAGAGAACCGCUGAAGAGAUCAGACUUGGGAAGGACGGAGUGCUGGAGUGGCCCUUCUGGACCAAACUGAUCGUUGUAGCCAUCGGCUUCACCGGCGGCCUCAUCUUCAUGUACAUUCAGUGUAAGGUGUACCUGCAGCUGUGGCGCCGCCUCAAGGCCUUCAACCGCAUCAUCACCGUUCAGAACUGCCCCGAGAAAGACCAGCACCACCCGCAGAGCCACGGCAGCACCCUCUCCAACGGCAGGCACGAAACCGUGGAGGUCCCGGUCAGCCCGGCCCCCGUCCCGGCUCAGCACGCACAGAUGGACUCAGACAUGUCAGUGGAGGCUGCUUUGGCACCGGCACAAAACCCCGUCUGACCUCAUCUCCUGUCGGGCGGACGAGAGUCCUGAAUCACACCAUGCUCUUAUAACUACGCUGGCGGCCGUGACCAUGGUGCGAUUUAGACUCGUAGGGUUUGUCCUCCUCAGCUCCUGUGAUCACUGAUCUUAAAACACGGCAGACUUCUCCUGUUCCUCACU